GCGCAGCCCGUUUUGACGUCUUUUAAUUCGUCUUCUGCAGUGCACGCGCUACCAGGAGCGUCAUCGGACGCGGCGCGCGACCCCGGCGAGCGCGUCUGCGGCGGCGGCGGCAGGAAGCGUCGCGUCCUGUUCUCCAAAGCGCAAACGUUGGAACUGGAGCGUCGCUUCCGGCAGCAACAUUACCUGUCGGCGCCCGAAAGGGAGCACCUAGCCGGGCGCAUCCGGCUCACCCCCAACCAGGUGAAGAUCUGGUUCCAGAACCACCGCUACAAGAUGAAGCGCGCGCGCGCCGAGCGCAGCCUGGAGGCGCUGCGGUUGCUGCGGGCGCAGGCGCAGCAGGGGUUCGCGGUCCCGGCGGUUGUGCUGCGCGAUGCAAAGCCGGGCGAGCGGCCCAAGGGAAUGCUCGACAGGCGGCUGGCCUUUCCGCUCUGCGCCUACGCGCACGUCCCCCAAAGGGCCCUCGCGCGGCUCACCUGCUGGAACGCCAACUGGACCUGAGGCGCCUGCGUGCGCAUGCACGACACUUGAUUGAAUACAAAACAUACGGGAGUUGAAGCACCCUUUUUGAAUGUUGGUCUUUCCGUAUUUUUUGAAUGUUGAUAAAAAAAGAUCUUAUUUUACGUCGACAGACUGUUAGUGUUUUAUAAAUUAUUUGUAAUGUUGCGCAACGUUUUGUACUUUUUAUGCAUUUAUAAAAUUAACUUCGGUUCGAUGUCACUGAAAAGAAGACCAUCGUUUGGCUGCUGACUUGGUGUUUAAUCCACCACGUUAUCUUAACUCACGUGCAGCCAAUCUCCAUGUUCGAACGACGUUUUUUUUCAGUGUGGUAUUUGAUACCAUUUACAUUUUGGUGCAGUUUAUUUCAUUUUCAGUAAUGUGUGAAAACUGUGCUCAAAAUAUACCCCAGAAAUUGGCAAAACAUUAAAAAUGUAUUUUGUUUGUAUGGACGGAACGUUACAUGCAUGAUGUUCAUAGGAGCCAAAUUAUUGUGUGUAUUAUUGUCAAUGUUUUUUGUUGUAUUGUUUUACGGUUUUGCAAAGCGCUUUGUUACAACGAAACAAAGCGCGAUAUAAAUAAAGACGAAUUGCAUGUUUUGCAGUGGAAAUGUGUGUGCGUGUGC